AUGCCGGGUGAGAGACCCUAUAAGUGCUCACAUUGCGGGAAGGCUUUCAACCAGAAGGUGGUGCUGCAGACUCACAUGGUGCGGCACACCGGAGAGAAACCUCACCUCUGCAUGUUCUGCCCGGCCUCCUUCUCCCAGAAAGGAAACCUGCACUCCCACGUCCAGAGAGUUCACUCCGAGACUAAAGGUGUACCGCUGUUCCCAUGCAUGGACUGCAGCUGUGUGUUCAAGAAGCUGGGCAGUCUGAAUGCCCACAUCAGCAAGAUGCACAUCUCUGUGAUUGAGGUUCCCUCAGACACUCCAGAGACAGAGAGCACAGGUCAGGGUCCCGGGGGGUCGGAGGCCGGCGAGGGGGUGACAGAUGUCAUCCAGCAGCUCUUGGAGCUGUCUGAGCAGGUCGGCGGGGACGCAGCGCAGCCCCAUCCUUCGGAGCCAGCUAUUGCCAUGGAAACUGCCAUUAACCAGGACAUCCUGCAGCAAGCUCUGGAGAACAGUGGGCUGAGUGUGGUCCAGCCGCAGAGCGACAACACAUCCAGAGAGAACCAGAGCACGGAGGGCAGAACCGGAGAGAGCAGGAGAGUUCAAAUUCACGACAAACCAUUCAGGGAAAAGAAAAGGAGCAUUUUCAAGAAACCCAUACAAAUGCCAGCCAUUCAGUGUGAUUCAAAGAAAGAGCUAGGAUAG